UGUCAAUUCGUCAACAGUUUGGGGCCGAAGUGUAAGCAGGGAAAAUGAUCUCGUUGCUAGAUAGUAUGGUCUUUUUGAUUCCUAUUGGUACUGUUACUCCCCGAGCCACAUACAUCUUACAGAUGUAAAUUGGCUACAUGCAUGUAUAUCUAUGUAUAUAUGUAUGUGCAUAUAUGUAUAUGCGCGUAAAUGCAUGCAAAGAUCGCGGCGGGGACAACGCUUGUCGACCGUCCUAUGGUUACCAGUGGAUCCGGAGUAUACGUUUGACCUCCAGGUUGGAUCGAAGGAACUGGAAUCGCAUUCAGAGUUCAUGUCUCUUCUUUGCGCGUGAGAGUUUUGCAUUUCUGGGUCGUGAGCCUCCCUUGCACAGAGACAGCAUCUGCUCGUUAUGCAGGCAUUGCCAGCAACACCACGGUUUCUAGCGUUUUUCGGACGGAGGACAGAAAGGUUGCCUGGGCGUUUCCGCCAAGGAAAUCUGCGGUUUCUUCCUCUCGCGUUUUUUCCACGCGCUCCGACGGCCGCGCGAACCUUCGUCUCACCUACAAUAUAGCUCUCGGCGACACCCUGCUGGGUCUUCCGCUGUGCCGGCAGGUUUUUUCUCUGCCCCGGUUUCUCUCCUUCUCUUCCUUGUUUUCUCGCCUCCUUUGCCUCCCGUGUGAAGCCUCACCACAAGCGACAAAGUCUCGACGCUGCCUCCGCGCCGCCGCAGACACCGCCGAGCUCAGCUGGACGUCAGACCGCAGAGGACUCUUCGCUCAGAGCCGCGCCUGCGGUGUCUCGCGAACAGCGCUCGCGGCGUUUUUCUGCGCGACCGUUCUCGCUGCCUCUUUUUCGCAGCAGCGCCGGGACAGGUGGUUUUCCUCUCUGCAUUCUCGACACGCACUUUCGUCUGCUUUGUUCGCGAGAAAAAGAUUUCCUCUCCCUUGCGCGAUUCGCUCGGCUUUUCGUCUCGAGCACAUUUCCUCGGUUUGUCCCCCCGUCCCGAGCUCUUGGGGGGGGGCGGAAGAGAACGCAGACGACUGUGGACGAACGUCUGUUUCCAACAAGACCUUUUCCUCUGUUUUUUUCUUCUCCUCUGGGCGCCUCGCCUCGAGAUUCCGCCUGCCUCCCCUUUCUCGCGCGCCCUGCCUCGCUUCGCCGUCUCUUUUUUUUCUUGCGUCUUUGGUGCCGCGGGGAAAAAGCGUCGCUUUCUUCCCUGCACUUCCGGCGGUCUGCAGUGUCCUCCUCUGCGAUUUUUCCUCCGCGAAACAACGGACCAGCUUCGCUCACCGCGAGUUUUCUGCCGUCUCUGUCACCCGCGCGCCUCCUCAAUCGAGUGUCUGGACACCGCGUCGUCGAGCUCAGGGUGCGGUGUGUGCAUGUACAGCCGAACGCCUGGCGCAGACGCUGGUCUGCUGAACGCCGCGCAUGUUUGCCGCGUUUUGCCGAGUUUCGUUGGCUUUCUUUGCCGAAAGUGAGCCUCGCCGCGGGCCGCCAGUCUGUCUUCGUUGUCGCUUCGUCUCUCUCGUCUUUUCUCGACUUCCCUCGCCAUUCUCUCCUCAUCCCCGCGAGGCCACAGCACCACCGUGCCGUCCACCGCUUCCUUGUCCUUUCUUUUCCGGCUUCUCUUUCAACCGUCUCCUCUUCCGUUUCUCCACUCGCCUCGUCUGUGGGCACCAGGUGCCUGCAUCUUCGUUUUCCUCUCUUUGAAUGCAUGCCGACCUGCAGGACUCCUAUUCACGAAGUACCUCCGAGUUUGAACUCGACCGCAGAAGAGUCGCAGACAAGCAUCUGGCAGCUGUCGUUCUCGAUCUCUUUUGAGGUUCCGUCUUCCUGUGGAGUUGGCCGACUGUGUCUGCCCACCGAGAGUUCGAGGCGCGGGAACGAUCUGCGUUUCGACUUCUGUCUUGCGUCGCCUCUUCCUCUCUUUUCGCUCCACGGAAGUUGCUUGGCUGGCUGUCUCUCCAGCCUCACCUCGGGUGUCUUGUCUUCUAGUCUCCUCUCGAAAAAAAACAUCUCCUGCAUGCCCGUCUUGGCCUUGUCUCGGAGCCUCUGUCAGCGCCCCGUGGUACGCGGCUCUCUGAUUUUUUGAGUGCCUCUACUCUGCGUUUUUCCCCAUCCCUUCCGUUCUUCCAGCUUGUCUCUGAGUUGUGUUUUCCUGCUUUCCGGUGUUCGAGAUGAUGGCCUCGACGUCUGCGCAGGAGGACCUGGUGUCUGCUCCGUUUUCCUCGCGGCUCUUUCGGUCCCUCUCUCGGCUCGGCUCUUCGUAUCUGGACGCGACGACGCUGUAUCCGAAGACGCGGUGGCUCGCGUUCUUCCUCCUGCUGGCGCUGUAUGUCGUGCGAGUGUAUAUGCUUGCCGGCUUCUUCGUCGUCACCUAUGGGCUGGGGAUCUACCUCCUGAAUCUCCUGAUCGGCUUCAUCUCCCCGCAGAUCGACCCAGAGACAGACGAGUUCGUCCUCCCCGUCCGAGAGAGCGAAGAGUACCGUCCGUUCCAGCGGCAACUUCCGGAGUUCAAAUGUUGGCUGGCUGGCACCCGCGCCGUGUUGAUCUCCGUUGCGCUCACCUUCUUCUCCGUCUUCGACUUGCCGGUCUUCUGGCCGAUUCUCCUCGUCUACUUCAUUCUCCUCUUCGUUCUAACCAUGAAGGAGCAGAUCAAACGCAUGAUCAAGUACAAGUACCUGCCCUUCUCCUGGGGCAAACAAACGUACGGAGACAUCACGCGCGGAAAGGCCGACCGCGCGCGCGGCGAGACGCAGAGCUGGCGCGGCGCCGCCGCUGCAGGCGUCGCCUCCGCCGUCUCCAUGGGCCAAGAGCACUUGACUACUCCGUACGUUCUCCGAUGACUUCCAUCGACGAGCGCAGGCGAGGACUCCCUGGACAGUCGUUCGUCGGGCAGUGAGCAAGGACGGCGCGCGACAGAUGCCGAGGAGCAGCGGGGACAGCGAAGGCAGUGCAGGUUCAGACGCAGUUUUCUGAGGAGACUGAAGACGGCUUAGAAGCAGAGAACAACACAAGUGAAGAACGAGGGAAGAUCGGACAAAAAAAACGCUGCAGCGAGACCGCCUCACAACCCAACGGUGGUAGGCUGCGCUCUGUUUCCGGGAGUGUCUGAGUCGUCGUUGGAAUUCCUUCGAGAGAAGAGGAACGAAGCGCGAGCCUUCGCGAGUCCAUUGUCUCUCUUUGGCUUCGCACGCCUGGCAAGAAGGGAUGGCAUCACUUCUUUCUUUUCGUGUCUUUUUUUGAGAAAAAACAAACGCAACGCACCCAACUCUCCUCCGGGGCUCUGCUGCUGGCUUCGCAUGCAUGUUUGUCGUCGUUUUUUUUCGCGUAACAGAGUGUCUUUGAGUUUCCUGUCGUUUGCCGACUUUUCCGCGUCCACCCUGGCUUGCCUUGCAGACUUCGGCGAGUUCCGCUCUCCGCGUCUCUCCCCGAUCCUUCAGCUAUACAGACCGUUGCCUGUUCGUCUCAGAGCUGUCGGUUAAGGGGUGUGGGCGCGAAGAACUUCUUCUCUCUGACGCCUUCACUGAGAGUCGGAGAGAGGACCCGUUCUUUGCAAGAGUCGUCGACCGCUCAGGAAAAAAAGCAAUGCGUAGGUUCCUCUCUCUUUCCUUCGUCUCGCGCUUUCGAGGACAAACCGGAAAGAGACACUCGAAGGAAGCCUCUUUUCAAGAGCGAGUCAGGAGAAGAAGGGGAGAGAUGUAAACGGAUAGACGGUAGAUGGAGAGAAGAGGGAGAGUAGAAGAAGAAAAGACGCGUCGUGUCGGACGAAGACAGAAAGACGCAGAGAGACAGUCCGGUCCUCUAUCCACUGUUGAUAGGAAAGAAAAACUGUCUUCACAUGCAGUCCCACAAAUCACCGUUUUCGUAGAGUCGACGGGCUUGUGUGAGGCGAGGAAACCGACACACAAACUCGGCAUAUUUCCGCAAGAGCAUAUGGUCCAGCCAACAUCCGAUGCUCCAGAGCGACGCAGUGUGUAUGCAUACAGAGACUCAGAUACGCGCAUGCAUUGCAGAUGCUUGUACACAGUCUGUGCCACAGCGCAGCUAUCCGUUCUGCAGACAGCAGGGACUGGACCUGCGGCAGAAAGCCGCAUGUUGCUCCGCAGACGUGAGGCUGCUUCAACAAGCGGCGGCGAAGUCGUGGUGGAGACGCGUUGGGGACAAACGGGCCGCGCAUGCAGCGACUCGAAAGGCGAGAGGUGGAUGUACGUCCCACUGAAACGUCCCUGUGGAGGGCAAUGAAAGGCGAAUAUACAACAGCAUUUCUCGGACACACAGCCCAGACGCGCGCGUCGCUUGACAUGCAGGAGAAACACUGGCUGGACGCAGGCGUCCGCGGGAUUUGUUUUUUCAAGGUGACGCGCGACACCGUGACGUUUCUAGGGACGCUCUGCUAGCAGGAGAGAGCCUCAACCGCGGUCCGCGGAUCAUUUGUACGGAGACAAUAUCUACUUCUCCCCACCGCAGCGAGGGAACUCUCCCUUUGAUUUGGCGUUUAGAGCUAAAGACCAUGCAAUUAUCAUAUUAUCGUGAGCCUUGUAACAGAGUUGCUUCACAAGCGAGAACAGGAGAGAGAUGCUUUCAAGUUCUGAGACGCCAACAAGAGGCGCAGUGCAUUUGGGUUUGAUAAAACGUCUGACCUUUUCAUGUUUGUUCAGCUUCCCUACAUUUGUUGGUUUUCGAGACUACGCUGAGUACCCUUGUGCUGACAGUUCUCAACGUGAUGGCCAUAAGAAGUUCAGAAUCACACAGGGGGACGCACAGAAAUCUGGACGGAUCUCUCGCCUGCAGAUGCGGCCGUCAACGAACGUAUAACCACAGGAACCGUUGAACGUUAAAUACGCCCUCAUCGGCAUCGACUACUUGUGAGUAUGCGACGACGAGUCGCGGUGUUCCUCAUUUGUGAAGAAGCGAAAGGUGGGCGAGGAAGGCCUUCUUUUGCGUCUGGGAUCUGUGGAAGUUGUGGGCCUUAGCGUGCCUCGAGGCGCUAGGGGAGGACUUUUUCCGACUGCUUCGUGUUCAAGUUGAAUUUUAGUUGCUUUGCUUUCCACGGCCUCACCGGCAAGCAGCUCUGGAAACAAGGAGACGCUGUUUUCUGCGCAUGAGCGUCAUCAGAGUGUUCGUUACCUUGACUUUGAUGGAAAAGCAUGAAAGCCACGGUCUCCCAUUCGGAUUUGCUCGAUGCACCCGCUCCAGCAUGACACGCCACAAUCGUACCCCAGUGAGCUGUCGUAUCCACGGUGAAGAGAAGCCUUUCCAGCGUCAAGAAGGCCCAGGGGAACCGCGGUGCUGGCAGCGGUAAAAAGCAGGCAGUCUUUGUCUCUCUGUGUGUGUUGGACAAGAACGGUUCGGAUAGUAACGCACAGGACCACCGAUUAGAGAGGCAUAUUUGUCGUAGGCACGAUGUAAGAGGGGGCAAAGCAUCUCAGAUUCUGAGACGGAGACACAACGGCAGGCGAACCGCAAGCAGCGAACACAGAAGCCUCUGCAGACAUCCGAGGCAGUCGACACACGGGCAGAUUCUUGGCUUCACUCCUUCACCUGUUUCCACUCUGUUUCUCUGUUUCGACUUCCUCGGAUCGGCCGCUCCUUUUCAGAGCUCCUGCUCGACAAGAGGUCCUCAGAAGCCGCAGCAGAAUUCGCGGACCGAACUCGCGACGGCCGUCAAGAACUGAGGCGACCGUAUGCGUGCAGAGUUCUUUGAAUACUCGCGGCCAAGUCCAGAAACAAAGGCAGACUGGACUCUGCGGGGCUUGCUCUGUGUUCUGGGUACAUCUUCGAUCUCUCUGAAAGCUUCCGCGUACUGUGUGUCUCGUUCGAACCUUUGCCUUCCACGCUUUUCCUUCUCCUCUCCGCCACUCUCUCUCUCUUCCUCCGACUCUCGCGCCCUCUGUGCUGCCCUGCGACUCGGUCUGUGCCUUUCGCUCCCUGUUGUCUGUGUACAGAGAAACUGAUUUUUCUAGCAGAAAAAUUCGGUCCCCCGAGAACGGGAGGUGUACGUCCACCGCAGUGAGUCGCGAGCUGCGGGGGGGCGCCGUGUGCGGCG